CCGAGCCGCCGCUGGCUGAUGGAGCUUUCGAGCGCCAGGCCCCGUUGCCAAGGCAACGCCCCAGCGGCUCCCCAGCUGCACCUCUGCAGGGAGGCCAGCGCACCGCCCCGGUCGGUCCCUGUGCUCAUUCCAAAGCCAACAGCUCAUUUCAGGAAUUCCUCCCGAGGCCCUCGCACGUGGUGGCUCGGAGCUAAAGAGGAGUCGCCACGCUUAGAAACCCCCGGCUGGGCUCCCAGGACUGAGUGGAUCCUCAAUAUCUACGCAUUUUGGUUGAUGAGUGGGUUUCCGACAGCACAAAUGGAAUGUGAAUCCCAAACUGAACAAGCAGAAGGUUCUAUAGGAAUGGCACAAGAGAAGCAUUGGGUGGAAAAGUUAUUUUCUCCUCAUUUUAACACACAGGAUUUUUUAAGUCAAACUCAUCAGCCCGAAUCUUGGUCUGAAAAACUGGCUUUGGACAGAGUAAAGAGAGUGGAAGAAAUCUACAAUUCAGCAAUUAAAAAGUUUCAAGAAGAAAAGAAACUUAAAAGGAAAGAAUUCACUGCCCAACUAAUUGAACAAGAAUGGGUACCAAAGUUAACAGAGGGAGAGAUAAACAUUUCAAAGAAGGAAGUGGAUGGGAAUUGUGCCUACCGGAGAGCCACUAAUUUAGGUCUUGGAACUGAAGAAAGCAUUGAGGAAACAGAGGGGUAUUGUAUCUGGAAUGCAAAGGAAUUAGCAGCUCUGCGACAAGAAAUGCACAAAAACCGUGCAGAAGGAAUUUCUCAAAAAAUUCAGCUGUCCUCCUUGAAUGCAGAACUGGAAGAACUUAAAGCCAAAUGCAGAAAGUUAGAAGUGGACUUUGAAAAUGCUGAAAAAGAACUCUUGAAUUCCAAAAAAGAAAUCUGCUUUAAAACUCUUUAUUUACACCAGGUUCAAAAAGACAAUUUAAGAAAAGAUAGAGAGCUUCAGUCUUUAAAAAGAGAUUUAUCUGAAGAGGCAGGGAAUGUAAAAAACUUAACUAAAGAUCUCCUGCAAGCAAGAGAAGUUAUUCAGAAAUUAGAACUAGAAAACAAAGAUUUAAAAGAAGCUGUUAAAAAAUUAAAGCAACAAUCUGAGCUAGGUGAUGUUGCAGGCAGAGAAAAGAUUAAGUUGGACUAUGAUUUAAAGAUGAUGAAAAUAGAGAGAAAACUAGAAUCUAUCAAAAGUGAACUGGAAACUGAGAAAUCUUUGCAUGCUAAGAAUAACAAGGCUCUAGAGCUAUUUAGAAAACACUUUUCUUCUCUACCCGUGAUGAGUCCCCUUGAUAAUUUUAAAGUAGAUUUUCUAUAAAAUAUUUUGAAUUUUUUUAAAUCAGUGAAAUUGGGGUAUCAGGGUUAGGCUUGUAUGAUAUAUUUAAAAAUCUAAAUUUGUUCAGUAUGUCAUAUGUAAGUGAGUGUUCCCUAAUUUAAAUUCAGUGCAAAGAUGUCUUUUUUUUCAAAUAUUUGCUCUGGACUCUUAUUUAAUGCAGUACAAAUUGAAAAAUAUGUCUAUAAAUCCAUUUGAAUCAUCA